AUGGAUCCUCCACCACCCGGCUCGUCCCAUGGACAGCAGCAGCAGCCAUCCGCUUCACAACAACGUCCGGCACAGCAGCCUGUUUAUGAUACAAGUCAAGGAGGCCAUUAUGGUUUCGCGCCCGUCCCAGAAUUCUACACAGGAGCAUGGGCAAAUGUCAACCCAGGGGUCUGCAUGGGCAAAUACAAGGACAUUCUCACAACCUAUUGGCAACAAAUCAUCAAUCAUCUCGAAGGCGAUACUCAUGAUUACAAGCUUCAUCAGCUUCCCCUCGCACGUAUCAAGAAGGUCAUGAAGGCGGAUCCUGAAGUGAAGAUGAUUUCCGCCGAAGCCCCAAUCCUAUUCGCCAAGGGAUGCGAUAUCUUCAUCACGGAACUCACCAUGAGAGCAUGGAUCCACGCCGAAGAAAACAAGCGCAGAACCUUGCAACGAUCUGAUAUUGCUUCUGCAUUGGCCAAAUCGGACAUGUUUGAUUUCCUAAUUGAUAUUGUUCCUCGUGAAGAAGCCGCAGCUCAUGCAAAGAGACCUUCUGCCUCGGGGCAAUCUGCACCACAAAUUCCCGGCGCUGCUCCUGGUUCAGCACAGCUCCCCCCACAACAAUCCAAUAUCCCUCAACAGCCUGGUCACCCCUCCCAUGCACAAUCUUUACCUCAAGAUUAUUCCCUUGGUGGCCAUGGUAUUGCUGCUGAACAGGAUCCAUACCGUCACCAACCCAACAUGUAUCAACCACAAGUUCCUCCCAACCAAGCAGCCCAAUAUGGUGCGCAACAGCCGUUGUAUGGUGAGAUGGGUGAGAUGUACGGAUAUCCAACCAUGCCACCACCUCAACAGCAAAUGUAUCAAGUUCCGCACCAACCUCGACAAGACCCAUCAGUCGGCACCGAACCUACACACCACUACGCACGCCAGGAAGGUGGUGAAGGUGAUGCUGAUGCCGAAGGCGAGCGCGAUUACGAGGUCGGAUAA